UGUUCUGCAGGAAAUUAUCUGAUGUCGUCUAAUUGCUUUCCCUGUGAAGCAGGAAUGUACUCAACAACCCCAGGGCAGUCUUUCUGCACUGAUUGUUCUGCUGGAUAUUAUUCCGGUUGGGGACAGUCUGUGUGUAUGACGUGCGCGGAAGGCUCUUUCUCAUCAACAAGUUCUUCUUUCUGUCUGUCUUGCCCUUCAGGCACAGCACCGGAUUCGUACUUGUCAUCCUGCAAGUCAUGCUCUGCAGGCCAGUACUCCUCGAAGUCCAGAACGUGUUUGUCAUGCCCAAAUGGAACAUACUCACUAUAUCAGGCAUCUAGAUGCUGCCAGACUUGUGACUCUGGCGAAUUUUCAAAUGGCACAGUUUCUUGCAAAGCAUGUCCUGCAGGCCAAUACUCAAAGAAUCGAUCAUCUGUCAAAUGUAUUCUUUGCGAAGUUGGCACCUAUUCAAGUGAGAGCGGAUCAACUUACUGCCGU